AUGAGUUUCAAAGAUAAAGUGGUUAUAGUGACCGGUUCCAGCUCGGGUAUCGGUGCCUCCACCGCCAUCGAGUUCGCUAAAGACGGGGCUCACGUCGUCAUAGUGGGAAGGAACGAGAGUAAGCUCGAGAAUGUACGUGAAAAAAUCGAAAAGUACGUUAAGAAGCCACUUGUCAUUAAAGCGGACGUAUCGAAAGAGGCCGACGGCAAGAAAAUUGUCAAAGAAACUAUAGAGAAGUUCGGAAGGAUCGACGUGUUAGUCAACAAUGCUGGGAUUUGCGAAACAGUUGACAUUACCAGUGAAAACUUUAUGGAGGGCUACGAUCGCAUCAUCAACGUUAAUCUGCGUGGAGUGGUGUACAUAACUCAUCUAGCUAUACCGCACCUAAUCAAAUCGAAAGGGAAUAUCAUUAACAUAUCUAGUGUGGCUGGUACUAAUACCGUUGGUGUACCUGAUUUUAUAGCGUACAAUGUGUCGAAGGCGGGCCUUAACCAUUUCACCCGGUGCGCUGCGCUUAAACUAGCCAGCUACGGAGUCCGGGUUAACACCAUCAGUCCGGGUCCGGUCCGGACAGACAUUGGUAAUAACCCAUCUAUGGAGCCUGUUAUGUCGAAACAAAUCGAUGAAAUGACCGCUUUGAAACGUAUAAGUGACCCCGUGGAAAUCGCUGAUCUGAUCUUAUACCUGGCAAGUGACAAAGCAAGGGGCAUCACAGGAUCCAAUUACGUAUCGGACAACGGUAUGAUGAUCAUACAC